AUGCCUGGAGUUGAGAAUUUCAGCAUGUCCGCGCUGUUUGAGAUUGAAGAGUCUCAACUCAAGCCACUAACGGUAUGCGGCAGUCCUGUUCUUGUUCAGAAAGCACUGGAGUCGGCCCAUGAAGAAGUCAAAAGCAACUCGCAGAUAUUCGCUCCAGGUAGAGCUCCCAAAGUCAAGAUUGAGGGCAAAGGAGCAGCCUCAAUGGGAGCCAAGGCAAUUGAAAAUGGCCAUUCCACCAUAUUCUAUGAGCAAGAGGGAAAUCAGGAUGGGCCAGCAAUUCUGGGAAUCCAUGGACUGGGCGGUACCACCAACUUUUUCCAACCGAUUGUCUCAUCAUUUCGCGAUUACAAUGUGGUUCGCUUCGACCUCAGUGGCCAUGGUAGAAGUGUUCAAGAUGCAAAUACCAGAACUAGCAUGGCAACCUACGUUGAAGACGCAGAAGCCAUAAUAAGACGCUUUGGCUUGAAGGAUGUGACAGUGUUGGGGCACUCUCUAGGAGGCCUUAUCGCGUUGCACUUGGCGGCAAAACUCCCUGAGACCGUUACUCGUCUUGUUCUCUAUGGUCCAGUCAAGCCGCCGCCUGAAGCUGGUCAGAACGGACUUCGAGCCCGUGCGAAAACUGUCCGCGAUUCUGGAAUGGUUGCAGUGGCUGAUACCGUUAUUGGAGCAUCGCUGUCUCCUACAACCCUCAAGACCCGUCCAGAACUCGUCGGGUUUGCCCGAGAGUUGCUUUCUCGACAGCAGCCAGAAGGUUAUGCGCUUGCCUGUGAAGCUCUUGCAGAGAGCACCGAGCCAGACUGGAGCAGGAUCACUGCCAAAGUUGUCAUUGUGGGUGGUUCUGAUGACAAGGUUUCUUCCCCGGCCACAGUGGAGUCGGUCGCGUCUAACUUCACCUCGACAAAGAGAGAGGUCAUAUCAUUUGAGGAUGCAGGCCAUUGGCAUACUUUGGAAAACCCCACAGGAUGCAUUCAGGCGAUAGAAAAGGUCUUUAAACUGUAG